AUGUCUUCGGAAGAGAAUCCCACUCCAGAGCCUCAAAUGGACGCAGCAGACGCACCGCAAUCGCCUAGGGAAGCUACUCAAACAACGGGGGAUACCAAGAAGCGUCCGCGGUUGGACCUUUCUGCUGCCUUGGGUGGGAGAGAACGUAAACGCGGUAAAAGCAUGUUCGGAAUUCUUGUCGGAACCCUGAAUAAGGCCAAAAAUGAAGAUAAAGAGAGAAAUGCAAGCGAUGCUGCAAAAAAGAGGCAGUUAAUUGAACAGAGACUACAAGCUAAGCUGCGAAAAGAAACUGAUUCUGUCAGGAGAGCCGAGGACGCGAAAAAGGACAAAACUACAGCGAAUAGGAAAGAGGAGGACCUGCAGCUGAAGGAUUCAAUCUAUAAACUUCGUCGCACAAGACUACCACUAUUGGCCAAUUUCUUAGUAACUUCGGAUGUGAUCCCCAUAGACGAAUCAUCACCCCCUUCCACGAAUCCAUUGAUGCCCGUUCCAAGAUCCCACCCUCCGCCACUAUACUACCUCCCAGCAAUUCUCACACCUACGCAGAAGGCAUUUUUAGCAAAACGCAAAGCAGAGGUGGAUGAGGCUGCCGAAAAAGAAUGGGAGCAAUUCCGUGACGAAAGGUCCGCAGGCAUUGAAGAAAUCAAACAACUUCGUCAGCGUGUAGCAGAAGCAGAAUCAAAACAAAAGGCCGAUAAAAAUAUGGACAAAGACGACAUGGAGACCGAUAUACCCUCACAUAACGAUGGAGCACCUCCAUCUGCAACCGUUGAAGACGCUGCUGAUGCAGGUACGAUCAAAGAAGCCCCGAUGGAUGUGGAUGAUACCCCGGUAAUAGCUAAGGAGGCAUCGAAAAUUUCUGCUGCGGCCAGCGAACCAGAGAAAAAGGAUAAUUCUUCUGCUAUGCAAGCAGACGACGAUGACGCUGUAGAGUAUUAG